UCAAUGGAAGAAAAAUCCUAAACAAAGUCAAUGAAUGUUAGGUUUUAGUCCUAUAUAUAUUGUUCUAUUCUUUCCAACGUUAAUUCUCAAUAAAUCAUUCACUCGAUUCCAUUUUGUAUUAUUAUUCGGAUUAAUCCUUUGUUCACUCUUCUUAAAUUCUUCUUUUUCUUUUCCUCUCGCUUUCUUUCCGUAUUACUCACCUUCUUUAUUUCGUUUUUUUUUUUGUUUUUUCUGUUUUGUGAUCGAGCCUGAUAUGGAUUUCAUCGCAACCCUUCAUAAUCAUAAUAAAAAUUAUUACUUCUUCUUUGAUUUCAUCUAUUGAUUGCAAUACCAUUCCAAGCCUUCCGGGGAGAAAUACAAAGAUAUCAUCAUAUUUUUAUUAAGCGAUCAGAGGAACCCAAGAAAAAUGGAGAAUUCGGUAGGAUUCAUGACGGUUUUUGCUGUGUCAGGAAGCGUGGUUCUUGUUGCUCUGCAAGCUCAUAAGCGUCUUCUCUCUGAUUUCAUGAAAAAAGUUGAAUUAGAAUUAGGAACUGCUGCUGGUGUAGGUAAAGUUCAACAAAAGAAGAAAGUCCAUUUUGCGGAUGAUGUAAUCGAGCCAUCAUCCAAUAAUAAAGAAUAUCGAAAGCAGCGAUCUAGAUUGAACAUGGAUCGAUCAAGUUCUCUGUGCAAUAGUCAAUGCAGCCAAAUGAUAAACGUCCCUGAUGAAGAUAAAAUUCCAGAGAAUAGACGUGCAUUGUACAAAGGGAUUGUGCAGUCUAAGAUACUCAAGGGAAAUAUGGUUUCAGCUGUUGUCUAAUGCUUCUUCUAUUAACAACGAUCCAGUGUAAAUAAAAUCAAUCUAUUAAGAUAUGUAGGCGUGUGGAUUUGGAAAUGGGCUACUUUUUUUUUUCCUGUAAAGGGCACCUCUUUUUGUUUGGAGUCCUGGCGUUUAUUUUUGGAAUGCCUUUGUGAUGAAGAGUUGUAUGUAAGUUAUACACAUUAAUUGUAUGUUGAUUUACUUUUAACUGA